AGAUUUUGGCAAUGAUUCUCCAAAAAGUCACCCGGCCCAAAUUGGCGUCAUGCAUUUUUGGACUGCAUAACUUUGUAUAGGCCAGAAGAUGAACCCACCACAAGCAGAACACGAGUAAUAGUCUAUACCCGGACACCAAUCUGAUUGCACAGAUGUAGCAGAGCUGAAUGUGUCUACUACUCUCUGAUUUCAGGUAGAACUACAGGCCAAUAAGUGAAAAUGGAUUCUUCUUUUGACAUCAUCACCGAAGAAGAAGUGCAAGAAAUUAAGUCUGCUUUGCAAGAUGGGGACCUCUGUAAAGCAACCGAGAAACUCAGUGAGUCCCUUAAGGAAAUUGAAAAUGCCCCGUUAAACAUUGCCAUCACAGGAGAAUCAGGAACAGGAAAGUCCACUUUUGUCAACGCUAUCCGUGGGAUGGAUGAUGAAGAAGAAGGCUCUGCCAGAACUGGUGUGGUGGAGACAACGAAGGAGCCCAUGCCAUACCCUCACCUGCAGUAUCCUAACGUGACUGUUUGGGAUCUUCCAGGAAUAGGAACUCCAAAUUUUGUAGCAGACAAUUAUCUUCAGUCUGUUGAGUUCAGUCAAUACGACUUUUUCAUCAUCAUGUCAUCAGAACGCUUCAAGCAAAAUGACAUACUCCUGGCGAAAGCGAUUCAGGCUAUGGACAAGAAAUUCUACUUUGUGAGAUCCAAAGUCGAUUCCGACUUACUGGCCUCCCAGAAACGAAGGAAGAAGACCUACAAUGAGCAGAACAUACUUAAAGAAAUUCGAGAUCACUGCAUUAAAAAUCUCAAAGACGGAGGAAUCAUCGAGCCUCAAGUUUUUCUCCUCUCAUGCCUGGAUCUGGACAAGUACGACUUCCUAGAAAUGCAGGACACUCUAGAAAAGGAGCUUCCGAAACAUAAGAGACACAUAUUCCUGAUCUCUCUACCUAACAUUUCUCUGCCUGUUCUACAAAAGAAGCGUGAGGCUCUGAGGAAGGACAUCUGGAAGUUGGCUACUCUUUCGUGUGCAUUGGCUACAGUCCCGAUUCCAGGCCUGUCUGUAGCUUUUGACAUAGGAAUCUUGGUUAAAGCCAUGAUAAACUACCGGAAAGCUUUUGGCUUGGAUGAGCCCUCUCUAGAAAAGUUGGCCAACAAGUUUGGUAAAGAGGUCAACGAGUUGAAAUCAGUGAUCAAGUCCCCCUUAGUCAUACAAGAGAUAAACAAAGAGCUGGUCGCCACUUUGCUAACCAGAGGGGCAGCAGGGGGUCUUAUGGUAGUUGAGUAUGCUGCUAGCAAUAUCCCAGUGCUAGGUAGCAUGGCAGCAGGGGGCAUCUCAUUUGGUACCACUUACUGGAUGCUCUGUGGCUUUCUUAAAGAGAUUGCUGAAGAUGCAGAUCGGGUUCUUAGGAAGGCAUUAGAGUCACCUGUUUAAGUUGCCGUUCGCACUACAUUUUUUUGCUGGUGGAAUUUUGGCUUGGACAUCGUGCCAGAAUUCAACUGGUGGCCUUGUGCUAUCUUCUUCUCAUUGUUUUCAAUAGGAGGGAGCGCUAAAGAACAUGGGGUGGCGGUUUAAAACCACCACUGUGCCAAGAAGGGACACAUUUUUCUCUUAUAGAAUUGGUCCUACGAUUUAUUAGUUUACCUUCUAUACAUUAUCUAGUUUUUUUACUUUGUACCUUCUCUUCAUAUAAAAAUGUAAAACUUGAAUAACAUCUCCUGUCAGACUCAGCCCUAUAACAUCACCGCUAAUCUCCUCAUACUCUCUACUUCUUACUCAUAGGAGCCCAUGAAGCAGAGAUACGCUCUUCUGUAUGCAGGGUGCUCUCACUGGAUUGUCUGCAGAACUGAUAGGGUUGGAGGCAGCAUCGUAUAGGUCUAUAGGUAAUCAGAUAGGCCAAAAGACCAAGUAGUUGCUAAUCUGCAUUUACAAAGCAUUUUUGCCAUAUAUUUUGACAUACAUCCUAAAGGGCCCAUUAAUAAGACAGAGUCUCCUUUUGCCCUCAAGCAGUACUAACUACAUUAGUAUGGUAUUCAAUUAAACUGUAUACAGUAAAAAAUAAUGUGAAUGCUAAAUGUAAGCCUUAUGCUAGUUUCACACUAGUGGCAGGGGACUCUGGCAGGCUUUUCCGGCAGGUGAACAGCCUGUCGGAUCCGACCUGUCGCUAGUUCACGUGUGCCACCGGACUUCCGCUCCGUCCCCAUUGACUAUAUUGGGGUUGGGGGCCGAGUUCCAGCGGCAACACGGCAGCGCACGCCGAGAGGCAGCCGGACUAAAAGUACUAAAUGCAGUACUUUUAGUCUGGCUGCCUCUCAGUGUGAACUGCCGUCGGAACUCCGCCCCCGCCCCUAUUAUAGUCAAUGGGGACGGAGCGGCAGUGCGGGGACACAUGUGAAUUAGCGGCAAGACGGAUGCGACAGGCUGUUCAUCCGCCAGAACAGCCUGCCAGAGUCCCCAGCCGCUAGUGUGAAACUAGCCUAAAAUGGGUUUUCCCCUGAAAAAUAUUCUACAUUUUUCAAACC